UUUUUUUAGUUUAUUUUCAAGUAUUUCUUUCCUCUACUUAUUUACAUAUAAAUUUAUGCUUCAUUUUAACUUCAAUUUUUUAUCAUUAUUUAUAAGCUUUUAUUCUACCUCAUCUUUUGCCUCAUUUUUUAUAAUAAUAUUUAUUUUUCCCGCUAUUUUUUCUUGUAAGGAUACGUCGGACCUUCUACUUACAUAUUUACCCAUUUUUUAUAUUUUUUCAGCGAUUCACCCAAGCGUUUCUUUUUUAGUUAAGCCGCCGACGGCACUUCUCCCUUGA